CUAAAGGGCCCAAGCGGCGGGAGACAGAGGAGCACAACACUUACACAGGAAGAGAGGCGUCCAUCCCGUCCUUUUCCGGUGUUCCCUCUAGGCCAGGUUUCCGGUCAGAGUGGCUAGCCCUAGAGGUAUACCCCGAGGCAGGUCCUAACCUCGCUAUCUUCUUCGAGAUAAAAGGCAUAAAGCCUAAAGGAGGGGGUAGUGGUAUUCACUAUUUCUUUCAGAUGUUGGCAAUGGCGAAAACUCUCCUGAGGGCGUUGAUUGCGAGCAUGGAAGCGAUGCUAAAGGCAAGCGGGGAGAAAGGACAAGCAUCAGGAUUAGUACCCGUUCUUAACAAGGAAAAGAAGGCAUUAAAAAGAUGGAAAGAUGAAUUAGGCCAACAAGUCAACCAUUACUUAAACACCCAUCCUAAAAAAUCCCUUCACGGUACUACGGAGGCUAUACCUAUCCUCAUGUACCAUACGGGACAUGAAAGGCCAUGCGGGAAGCAACCGGAAUGUACGGCUCAGGAGCCGGAACGGUCUUCUGAAGGAGAUACCUCGACUUAUUGGUUUAUGGUGGAAGGAAGAAAAAACUAA